CGGUGGCGCCGGUCCAUGAUGAGCCAUAACAGCUUUCAUCCUCAUGUUCGCACUUCCAUCUGCCCGCUCGCUGCUAGCAGCGUGUCGGCCAGCGACCUCUAUUUUCUCUCAUGCGUCGAAUCCGCUAGCCUCUGCGCCAUCUCGAGUACGCUUUAGGGGUGUGCUCGCGCCGAAAAGGGUCAAGUACUUGAAACAUCACAAGGGUCUCCUCCCCAUCCCAACUGGCGGGUCAAUCAAGGGCACAACCCUCGCGUACGGCGAAUAUGGCAUCCGAAUCAAGGAAAACGGGAUGCGCAUGACUGCAAGGCAGCUUAUGUCGGCGGAGGAGUCGAUCAAGAGGGCUAUCAAGCCAAUGAAGGGCGCGAAGGUAUACUUGAGGGUCUUCCCUGACAUCCCGGUUUGCAUCAAGGGAAAUGAAACCCGUAUGGGUAAGGGAAAGGGUACCUUCGAGUACUGGGCGACAGGCGUUGCACCCGGUCGCGUAAUCUUUGAGAUUGGCGGUGUCCCUAUACGACCAGAAAUCGCGCGCACAGUAUUGCGCCUGGGUGCGGCCAAGCUUCCGGGUGUCAUGGAAUUCAUCACGAAGAGCACCCCACCGCGUCUGGGUAACUUGGUCUUGCCGAGAGAGGAGCUUGCGAAGCUAGAUCUCACACCUUACCGCGCUCCAUAGUAAUGGCACCGCUCUGUGUCAAUCCCUAUGUUUCUCACCAGGGUGCUCCGUCGCUUGUGUCGUUCCCCCAAUCGCCGUAGUAAGUGGGUACAUAAGUACAGUGCUACGAGAAGAGUGUAGUGCAUCCCGCUUUCUUGCUCUCUGGAAGUCCAGCAAGAGUCUCCGGCAAGUCUGACUUGGCCUGCCAGUGAGUUCUAAACG